CCGAAGCUUUUGGUCUAUGAUAUGGCAUGCGCGCCUUGGCUAGCUUUGGAUCGAAUCGGGGAAUUCCCGGAUCCCGCCGCGCCCAUAUCACCGUUCAGAAUCGCAACGCGACGGACUUGACUUAGAGGUUACUUUUGUACAUAAUUCACUUUCAAGCAGUGUACUGUGUACCGGUACAUCUUCUCAAUCUCAAGUACGACUACCGAAGUACCGUUUUCAGAAGAUGAGUGGAUUACUAGCAACCUUCUCCAUGGUGGCUACCAUCAUCGGAGUUGCUGAUGGUGAAAUACUAAAUGUCUGCCUCCCAGACACGUCCAACGCCCAUUGUAACGCUCCGCCACCCAAAUUAUUUGAUAAACCGUCAUUUUGUGACAACUCUUGUCCUCCACCAAGUGAUCUGAACAAGGGUUUGAUAUUAGGUGGAGGCAUCCCUGCAAUCAUUUUUAUAUUCUUCUCGCUUAUCCUCUGUUUGUGGCUUGCGUAUAAGACAAAGAGGAUUCUCUGGACUGUCAUCAAUUCCUCCUGUGCUCAACUUGCUCUUUUGAUUUUCUUUGUGUCGAACGUUUUUCACCCGACGAAUACUGCCCUUAACUUUCUCGUCGACUGGUUCCUGGUUGCCUCUUGUGCUUCGCUCCUGGCUGAGGCCAUCGCCACGUAUCUUUUGAUCCGGGACAAACCGAUGUCCACCAAGCAAGGGGCAUUGUGUGUUGGACUGGGCUGCUGGGGUGUUCCUCUUCUGAAGAGUAUUAUAGUAUUUGCAGUACGUGCAGAAGAUAUCAAGUCACCAUGCAAACGGUACUUCCUGGUUGCUCUCUAUGACAUCCACGUGACUAACAUAGUCUUCAUCACAGUUAUGUUAGUCGCUAUCAUCAUCACGAAUGUGGUUGCUGUAUGCUUUCUCCAAGGGGAAAGCACCAAGAAAGAAAAGACAAGGCGAUGUGAUGCUUGGCGAAGGAUCUCUCAAUGCCUUGCGACGUCCGCUUGCUUCAGCGGGUGGGUCAUCGCCCUCCUGGUCGAAGGCCUCUGUUCGCCUGUCGACGUUGUCUUCUUCGUCUUUAGCCUCUUCCAGGGUGUCGUCAUCCUAGGUUUCUGCAUUUACAUCGUGUGUAAACCAAAUGACGAGUGCGAUUAUUCACCACCAUGGGUGUCGAUCGGUAUUCUUCGUCGGGGAAGAUGAUUGACACAAAUGUUCUUGCAGAUGGGGAUCUUUCAACA